AUGUAUCGAGUUGCUGUUGUCACUUGCAGCACGAGGUCCCCUCGCCUCAACCCCUUCGUUACGCAAUUCGUCUAUGAUCUGCUCGAAAGUCAUGACACAGAUGUCACUUUGUCUCCCCUAGACUUAGCAGAUCAAUCUCUUCCGCUAUACGAUGAGCCCGCAGUUCCCUCGCAGCUGCCACGAGAGAACCCAACACCGCACUAUACGCACGAGCACACCCAAAAAUGGUCAGCCACCGCCAAGCAGUUCGACGCCUUCAUAUUCGUCACCCCCCAGUACAACUGGAGCGUCCCCGCCAGCCUCAAGAACGCCCUCGACUAUCUCUACCACGAAUGGUCCGGGAAGCCAGCUGCCAUUGUCACCUACGGCGUGCGCGGCGGUGGCAGGGCCGGCGGACACUUGAGGCAGAUCUUGAUGGGCCUGCGGAUGAACGUGGCUACCACGGCGCCGGAGUUUUUCAUCGACAAGCAGUCCAUGGAGCGCUCCAUGCCGCUGGGGAAGAUGAGCCCGGAGGAUGCCGCGCGGUGGGAGGCUGCAGGACUGGGGGUGGAAUUGGGUAAAGUCCUGCAGGAGGUUUUGGAGCUUCUCAAGGAAGGCAAGAAGCCUGAAUAUUAG